AUGUCCGUGAAGAUUGGAACCAUUAGCGGCCCGUUUGUUGGGUCUGCUCAGCGGCAGAGCACCGCAGUGCGAGCCGCUCGUUGGCUCUCCCGGUUCCAACAGGACAGCCAACAACUGGAUGCCGUCGCAUCUGAAGCUGCUGAAAGCCUCCACCCAGGACCAGUCACUGUUGUUUGUCUUUCGGACACGCACAAUACCAACCCCACCUCAGUUCCUGACGGCGACAUACUGCUCCAUGCAGGAGACCUGUCCCAGUACGGCAACUUUGCAGAGCUCCAGGCGCAACUUGCGUGGCUUCAGUCACAGCCUCAUCCGCACAAAGUCGUCAUCGCUGGAAACCAUGACCUGAUCUUGGACACGGCCUUUGUCGCCGCCCACCCGGACCGCGAACUCGACCUGGCGGGGCGACGCAGGUCUGAUCUGGAUCGGGGUGACGUGCUGUAUUUGGAGUACGAGGCUGUAGAUUUGGAAAUCAAGGGAAAGGACAGGUCGGUCCGGAUUUCUGGGAGCCCAUGGACGCCCAGAUUUGGGAGCUUCGCGUUUCAAUACGGGGAUGGGGAAGCAACAUGGACAAAUGCGGUGCCCGAUGGUACAGAUAUCCUGCUCACUCACGGGCCACCAAAAGGCUAUCUCGACGACGGCGGCAAGGGUUGUCCAAGCCUUCUUGCCGAGCUUUGGAGGUCACGGCCCAAACUCGUCGCCGUACGAUCACGGGGGCAAGACCGGCCCAAUGAAGCCAUGGAGGGUGACGAUCCAACGGACGAGGAGGGUCACGAGAGCGUGGACGAGGAGAGCAAGAACGAGGACCUUUGGUUUCCUUCCUGGCCUCCCCCAAAUCCCAGACAGAUCCUCGCCGACAGAGAGGCAUACCGACGGCGGCUGGGCUACCGGAGGUACCUUGCUCCCGAGCGCGUCUUUGAGGACUCGCCGCUGUUUGUGUUGUACCGGCUGUAUGAGUGGAUCAUGGCGCACCAUUACAUUAACAUCCGAAACGAGUUGGAGACGUUCUGGUGGACGCGCUGGCUGGUCUCAAGCAUACCCGACCCUGGAGAACAGGGCGAUCCGGAGCGGUAUGCCGUGUUAGCCUGCAUUCCCGGUCUGAUCGUUGAAAGUUUCAACCAGCGCAUCGACCAUGGGCUCCGCCGGAAGGAACCGUCGGCGAUUUUGUCCUUGGAGGAGCAAUUGUACUGGGCGUCCACCCCGCAAAAGUACGAGAAGGAGCCCGCGUGGACCGAGGAGGUACCGCCGUUGCCAGACAUGUUGCAUAUUCCGCACAGCCAGCCCCAUACGGAGCAACUGGCGUCGCUCGAUGACCCGGAUGCGGAUCCGCAUUUCAAGAAGAAGAAUAUCCUAGCUAUUAGGCCGCAUAUCCAUUUCAUCUAGGUACUGGACGGUCCAGAAUCGCCAAUUAAACAUUGAGAAAUAGGAAUACAAUGCAAAAGGACGGUGAAUGUUGCUACUAUCGACUCAUUUAGUGAGAUAAUCAUAAUGUGGAUAUGGCUAUAUUGAAUGAUGCCUAUCUAUAACUAUAAGGUAGAAGGUGAAUAUCC